AAACCUAUAUUUACAUAGCAGAUGGAAUUCGUACUUUGCGCUUAUAGGCAUGCGGCCUUAGAGUUAACUAGUAACUGCGUCCCAGAGGUUGCUCUGCGGAAGAGUUUACCGCCGUAGUAGAUCAAUUCGCUCAGCCCUCCAAGUUGUUUACUUCUUGUCAAUCACUCAACUCGAAGCUCUUUAGCAUCCAACGGAGGGAGAGCUGCCCAUUAACGAAGAGGGAGGAGCCAGACUGCGUCGAGGGGCCGGUGGAGAGAAAAGGCGGCGUCUUAAGGAAAAAUUCCGACGUGCACAGCUGGUUCCGUUUUCUGGUGACCCGAAGCAAGAUGUCUGGGGAAUUCGCUAGAAGCUUGGGAAAAGGAACUCCUGCUCCAGGACCAGUGCCUGAAGGAACCAUCCGUCUGUACAGUAUGCGUCACUGCCCUUUUGCACAGAGAACAGUACUCGUCCUAAAAGCCAAAGGAAUCAACCAUGAAAUUGUAAAUAUCAAUUUGAGAAACAAACCAGACUGGUUUUUUGAGAAGAACCCACUUGGAAUGGUACCUGUGCUAGAAACAAGCAAGGGUCAGCUGAUCAGUGAAUCUCCAAUCACUUGUGAAUAUUUGGAUGAAGUUUACCCAGAAAAGAAGUUGUACCCUGCAGAUCCUUAUGAAAAAGCUUAUCAGAAAAUGCUUCUAGAAUACUUCUCCAAGCUACAUCCAAUGUGCUUUGACUAUAUUCGGGCUUUCAGGAAUGGUGAAGAUGCAUCAGCAUUAAAGAAGGAGUUCCAGGAGAAGAUUCUGAAGCUUGAAAAGAUGCUCACAAACCACAAAACUAAGUUUUUUGGUGGAAAUUCAGUAUCCAUGAUUGAUUAUCUAAUCUGGCCAUGGUUUGAACGGAUGGAGGCCUUUCAGUUAAUUGAAUGUUUGGACCAUACUCCAGGGUUAAAAUGCUGGGUUGAUCUGAUGAAGCUUGAUCCAGCUGUUCAGGCCACAAUAACUGAUCCUCAAAUCUUCAAGGGCUUCCUUGAAUUAUAUUUCAAUAGUAGUCUUGAGGCCUGUGAUUAUGGGCUCUGAAAACUAUGGAAAGCUUUUUCAGUGGAUGACAAGGGGUAUUGAUACCUAUUGCUCCAGCGUGUCAUCUGAUAUUUGAAAUGCUUUGCUCAGCUUUGAUAUUUUUUGUGGUAUGCUAUUCAACCAGUAUAUAAUUGCAAUGAGAUGGUAAUUAUCUGCAAUAAAUUAUCUGCAAAGAUGGCAUGAAUUAAGCUUAGAAAUUAGUAGGCUGUGCUGUGAACUAAACGCUUAUGAGCAAAUCCAGAUUUUCCUGGAAGGAUGUUUUAAGAGAAGGAGGCAGGAGAAUUCCAAGAACAUUGGAAGUACUGUAGAUUUAUAUUCAAUCACUAAUAUAUGUGUAUCAACAGCAAGUCAAAAAUUGAACUAUGGAGGCUUUGCAUGAAAAACCUGUGCUUUAUUAUAGCUAUAGCCUUCCAUUUUGUAUACCCUUAUUUAGGCAACUGGAUAGGAAAUUAGCACAAAGUGGCAUGCAUAGAAAACUAUUGUCCCUAGCCUAGAGCAAAGGGUCCCUUGGUCUGGGAAGUUACUUUGGUUCUUCUGUAUUAUUUUUCAGUUUGGCAAAGAGAUGAACUAUGACCAUUUUUGAGAGCAUCUAAAAAUAUAAUUCUCACAGAGUUCCCCAGAUGUUUUCAGUUUUAGGUUUUGCAUAAAGAGCCAGCAUAUCCAAAUAUAAUGUUGCUAAGACAAAUUACAGGUAUUCCUCACUUAUCAAGCUUUUCUUUAGCAACUGUUUGAAGCUACAACACACUGAAAAAAGUGACUUAUGAUCAGUCUUUGCCUUUACAAUUGUCACAGUCUCUCCACAAUCAUGUGAUCAUCAUUUGAAAUCUUGGCAGCUGUUGUACAUUUAUGACGGGAAUAACAUCCUCAGUUGCCAUUUAUGAUCUUCCCAGAUACUUUCAGCAAGCAAUAUCACUAUAUUAGUAUAGUAUAUGUAGAUGAAAUCAGAUUGGUGAAGGCAACUAUAUAGAAAGCAUUUGGUUUUGUUGGCUUGCACUUAAAUUGAGAUCAGUAUGAUAAAUGCACGCUUCUAGUUUUGAUUUACUUGCAUUUACCUCAGGACACAACCUGCUAUCUCAGGCUUGAACUUACCUUUGUCAGUCUCAACCAUAAAUUUAUUGUUCCAUAUUUAAGUCUUGACUUUAAAGUAAAAUUGAAGUAUUAGAUAGUGUCUCUUUAGUUCAGGUGUUAGGGUUUGUCUAAUCAAAUUUGGCCAAAUAUUCUAUUCAAUUCAAUUCAAAUUGAGCGCAAUAUUCUUUUCUAACCCAUGUUCCCAUCUGGUUCAGGAAACUUUGCAUUUGGUUCAAAAAAUUUUGCAUACUUGUUUCCUUACCUGGUGCUGGUUUGUAGCAGCAUGAGUAUUCUCCAAUGUUUGAAAAGCAGGUUAACCUAGAUAAGUACAGUUGCAUCAAACAUGAAGCCCCAUAUAAACGAGAUGUACAUCUACAUGGUACAAGGUUGAACACAUUUUCCUGAAAAUUUAUGCAUACUUAACUAAUGCAUAAUUACAGGCUCAAAAUAACAAAACUGUAACAAAACCACGAACAGGUACAGGUCAGACACAGAAACUUUCAUUUGUUAUUUAGUUAUUAAAAAAUGGCAAAAAUAGCAGCAGGUAAAUAUUUCGUGUACCCAGAUAAAAGUAACUAUUCUUGUUUCCGGAAUUUCAUCCUUAUAUAACUUGUCUUGUUCUGAAUUAUUUUAGAUCUCUUUGUACAAACUGCAUGUUUGAAUUUUUUAAUGAUGUUCAAGCUGGGGACUGUGAAGGUCAUGGCAAAAUCUUUAUCAGUCAGUCAUGUAAAUAUUGCAUAAUUAGGUAGGCUUCAAAUCAAUAUCUCACUGAAAUACCCACUUGUAUUUCAGCUUGGCUUUGGGACAUUUAGUUGAAUCCAUAUUUGCUUCCACUUGUACAUCAUUGUCUGUGGCAUUGAUUGCCACAGAACCCCCCAAAAUUAGGGCUGCCCGAAUGCUUAACAGUUGGGAAGGUUUUCUUUAAAUACUUCACUCAUUUUUCUCCAAGUGUAUCUUGUGCAGCUGUGAAUGAAGAGUUUAAUUGGUUUAUUAGUUCAAAGAGCAUCUAAUGUUUAAAGCAUUUGACAUUUACCUAGAUUUUAUUCUACAUAUAUAGACAAUGAGUUGUGCAAUAAUUGAAGAAAAGGUUUCCUUUUGACACAUGCACAUUGUGGUUAUAUAAGCAAUAACGUACAACAGUGUGGACUACUAUUGCAGUAACAGCUAAAUUUGCAGUGAUUUAUGAGUUCUGGAACCUUACUAGGUGGAGCUUGUAGCAGAUUUUUUUUCUUGAUAUUGAUGUCUUCCACAAUUCCAUGUAAUUUCAAUUUCUUAAUGUUUCUCACAGCUGCAAAUGUUACCUGGAAAAGUCACAGAUGUUUCAAAAUACACUUUUCCUCCCUUUUUUAAAGUGAAUUAUCUUCAUUUUCAAUUGCCUAGACACCACAUAUGUUUUUUGAAAGUAGAAAGAUCAAUUCAACCUGAAAGUUGUUUUUUUUCAUUUGUGAAAUUGUCUUGAAUGGGUAAUUUAAGUCUAAUGAAUCAAUCACAUUCUGAAGGCUUAAUGACCUUACUGCCAAGACUAGGGGGAAAAAAUCAACUGGCUAAACAUCUGCACUUGCUAUAUCAUUUUCUUAUUUUAAACUUAUAAAGAAUCCCAUGUAACUUGCAAGUUAUGAAUUCUAAUUUGCUAAAUGAAAUGUUUAUCUUGUAGUACGUAGAUGGUAUUAACGCCUGUUUACUGAGGGAUUCUGUAAGGGGUAUGAUUUGUUUAAACAGUACUUGGCAUGCAAAUGUACUGGUAUAUCAGCUUGUAACAAAAUCAUCUUUCAACGCUAUGGAAUGGAACUAAGAUAAUCCUUUUCUUACAUUCAAAAUACUUUAAUACUUAAAUGCAUUUUUUUGUAUCAGGCCCUGGAUGGUAGUGAAAAAAAAUUGUAGAUCCUGCAAGUCUCAGGUCUACUUAUCUCAAUGUAGACAAAUCUGAGUUGAAUGAAUGGCAUUUUGUAUAGAUUUAAAUCAAUUUUUAAUCUCUAUAAAAUUAAAACUAGUCGUGUUUGCAUUGCUGUGGAAGGAAUUAUGAAGUAGCAAGAACUAAGUAAGUGAUAGAGAUACAUUUAAAUGGAGUCUAAUGGCAUAAAGUCAAAAUCAAUUCACUGAGCCCACAUCAAGUGGAAAACACUUUGGGACUACCUUGUGUGACUGUUCAGACAUGUUUUAUGAGCUUUUGUUUUAGCCUGCAAUGUGGGAAGUUUGCCAGGGGGAAGGGAAGGUGUGGUGCUGGGAACACUGCAAAGAAACCCCUUUUGGUUAGGUAUACUUUUUAUUAUAUGGCCUGUUGAUGGUUAAAACAUAUAGCAACUUAAGAAAGCAAAGCUACCUUAAACAGACCAAUCCUCAGUGCUGCUGUGGCACAGAGAAGGAGGCGGCUCCUAAGACUACAGGCAGCCAUCCUCCUCUAGAUCAGUGUUUUUCAACCUUUUUUGUGCAAAGGCACACUUUUUUCAUGAAAAAAAUCAC